UUCCGAGACGGCCGAUCACCUGACCCGCUCCGUUUUUCCAUGAAACAAGAUUCGGGAAGGCUGGAACUAAAGCAGGAAGAGCGUGAUCACUAAGAGUCAGGAGGGCAGUCUAGACGCGCUAUAUUAACCGCCUGGUCCCGGCGCUGAGUCAGGCUGGUAACGGGCAUCAUGCCUCCGCAGCGUGGCCUCUCCUCCUGAGGCCUCUCCUCCAGGAGCGCCGAUAAAAACCAGAGGAGAGAGAGGGGGACGCACGCCAGAACGCGGUCACCCCCCGCUCAUCGGCCAUGGCUUUAGCUUUUUUAGCCAUCUUAUCCGCUGCCGUCAGUGUGACCCGCUGCUACCCUGCGACUUUUCAAGACCUGGGGGAAAGUGGAAGGAACCGGACCUCCAUCAGGUUUCUGGCUGUAGGCGACUGGGGCGGGUUGCCUUACCCGCCGUAUGUCACGGCCGUGCAGAAGACUACGGCUCAUGAGAUGAGCAAAGUAGCAGAGCAGAUGGGUGUGGACUUUGUCCUGGCGCUUGGUGAUAACUUUUACUACAAAGGCGUGGACAGCGUGGACUCCCCUCGGUUUCAGGAAACCUUUGAGUCCGUGUACACGGCGAAGUCCCUCAGAGUCCCUUGGUAUGUUCUGGCUGGUAAUCACGACCAUGCGGGGAACGUCAAAGCUCAGAUCGAGUACUCUCAGAGGUCCGACAGAUGGAGGUUUCCCUCUUACUACUACGAGCUGAACUUCCACAUCCCCAACACGGGGAAGACUCUGACCAUCAUCAUGCUCGACACCGUGAUGCUCUGUGGAAACUCGGACGACUUUGUGGACGAGAAGCCCAGAGGACCCCUGAGCGCGGUGGACGCCAACCGUCAGCUGGUCUGGCUGCAGGAGAGGCUGGCUCGGUCCCAGGCGGACUUCCUGCUGGUGGCGGGCCACUAUCCGGUUUGGUCCGUGUCCGAGCACGGCCCCACAGAGUGUCUGCUGCAGAGGCUGCACCCGCUGCUGCUGAAACACAACGUGACGGCCUACCUGUGCGGACACGACCACAAUCUGCAGUAUCUGGAAGAGUCCGGCGUGGGCUACGUAGUGAGCGGCGCCGGGAACUUCCUGGAUCCCGACGUCCGCCACUGGAACCACGUCCCCGAGGGCUCCCUGAAGUUUUUCACCGGCCAGGCUUCCACUCUGGGGGGCUUCGUUCACGCGGAGGUGACGGAGAGCAAGCUGGUCCUGACCUUCUUCCAGGCUAAAGGCACGUCUCUGUACCGCACCGUCCUUUCCCAGAGGGAGUUCAGAUAGACGCUCGUUUAUCGCCAAGAGGACUCGACUGCCGCAUUGAAUCACAAUCCUGCUUUUAACUAUGCCAUCAAAUAUUUCAGUGCUUUUUAAAUAUUUUUCACAGAAUCAAAGUGUUAUCUGAAUUUAUUGUAAGCUAAAAUAAAAUUGUUUUAUAAAGUGGU